AUGCUCGACGCUAUCAUCAAUCAGCUGCCUUCGGGCUUGGUGGAAAGUGUAAAAACGAUGAUAUCGAAAUUAACGAUGAACUCUUCCACCCCUUUAUUACCUUUCAUUCCUAAGCCUGUCAAAGCGCUUUUACUCCUACUUUUCAUAUUUCAUUCACCUUCAUGGCCUUUCACAUGGCAUAUUAGAGUAUGGUAUUGGGGUAUCAAAGCUUAUUAUCUAGCAUACAAGAAAGGUAGAUCAAAGUAUCUGAAAGAUUGGAAAGUUCAAUCAGAUCAAAAAGGAGGUAUAAAAGAUUUGAGAACUAGAAUAAAUAGAAUCGCUUGGGUCGAUGAUUGUGAUUAUAAUCUACAUCUGAGUAACUCAGCAUACGCCAAGAACUCUGAUGCGUUAAAGAUGAAAUGGUGUAUAGAAGCUCUAUCACCUCUUUUCACUCCAGGCGCUCAUAUGGCUUUAGGAGCUACCCAUUACAAUUUCUUCAAGGAGAUCCCAUUAGGAGCAGAAUACGUCAUGGAGGCUAGAUGUGCUGGAUGGGAUGACAAGUGGUUUUAUGUGGUCAUUGAAUUCAUCCUCUAUCCACAAAAGUCCAAAUCAUCGUCAAAAUCAGCUUCAAAAUCGAAGUCAACUGCUAAAACGGUAAAAGCUACAGCUCAAGAUACAAUAACAACAGCUGUGGAGAAAGCCUCAAAUUCAAUUUCAUCCACUACGACUACCACUUCAACCACUUCUGAUUCCACCGCUUCCUCAUCUUCUCCCUUGGUACCGUCGAUAUCUGAUCCACCAACACGUUCCACUUCUCCCAAUCCACCUUCCAACGGUACAUCCACGCCUACGACGAUGAAUAAAGUGGAAGAGAUGAAACGAGCUUGGGCGGCUAGAAGGGGACAGAGAUCAGAUGGUGGAAUUGUAUGUUGUACUACCAUUAGUGAAUAUUGCUUCAAGAUGGGUAGAGUGACUAUCCCUCCUCGAAUCGGUCUAUGGUUAUCACUUCAAUCACCUGAGAAACCCGACCAAGAUCGAGCGAGAAAGAUAGUCAUGUCUAAAGAUGGAGGAAGGACGUUUUUGAGAGGAGGAUGGAAAGAUGAACCUGAUGCUGCUACUCUGGGCGCUGACAUUGGUUUGGAUGAAGGACAGGAUCAGGAUGCAAGUUGGGUAGGGAAGGGUAGAGAAGGGAUGGAAAAGGUAGUUGAGGGUAUGAGCGUUUUUUAA